AUCACAUAACGAAAAAAGAAGAAACCCUUGCAAAACCCUGAUUACAUAACAAAAUAGCCGCCGUGAGAGCGGGAAAGAGCACUUGACUGGAGUGGUUGGCGUUGUUGCCUCCGUUGAUGCGUUUCAAAAGCAGCACCUCUCACCUCUAACCUCUAACUCUAACACCAAAUAAUGAAUUUCAGGUUCCAGAACCUUCUUGGAGCCCCCUACAGAGGGGGCAACACCGUAAUCUCCAACAACACCCUCCUAAUCUCACCCGUCGGUAACAGAGUUGCCGUCACCGACCUCCUCAAGUCCCACACCACUACCCUCCCUUGUCAGUCUUCCUCCAACAUCUCCCGCAUCGCCGUCUCCCCCGAUGGCACCUUUCUCUUAACCGUCGAUGACCGCAACCGCUGCCACUUCAUCAACCUCAGCCGCCGUGUCGUCCUCCAUCGCAUCUCCUUCAAGCACCCCGUCUCCGUCGCCAAGUUCAGCCCCGACGGAUCCUUAAUUGCCGUCGCCGCCGGUAAACUCGUCCAGAUUUGGCGCUCCCCUGGCUUCCGCCGGGAAUAUUUCCCCUUCGAGCUCCUCCGCACUUUCGCCGACUUCGAUGGCAAGGUCACCACCUUGGAUUGGAGUCCUGACUCCAAUUACUUGCUCGCAGGGUCCAAGGACCUCACUGCAAGAAUCUUGUACCUCAAGAAAUCGAAGAAAGGUGCUUUGAGGUAUAGGCCUUUCUUGCUUUUAGGGCAUAGGGAUUCUGUUGUAGGUUCGUUUUUCGCCGUUGAACCGAAGACUAAUAGGGUUCGUAGGGCCUAUACUGUUGCUAGGGAUGGAGUUUUGUUUAGCUGGGGUUUUGUUGAUGGAAGUGUGAGUGAUGCUAUGGAUGCUGAGGGUUCGGAGCCGGAGUCUCCGGGGACACCAGAGAGAGUUGCAGAGGGGAAUUUGAAUGUUGAGAAUGGUGCUGUGAAGAAGAGAAAGGAAUGUGAUGGUGAGAUUGAUGAUGAGGAAGAGUAUUUGUGCAGGGGGAAGUGGGAGUUGUUGAGGAAGGACUUUCUUGGGCAGGCGCCGGAGAAGGUGACUGCUUGUGAUUAUCAUAGAGGGCUGGACACGCUGGUUAUUGGGUAUUCGAAUGGAGUUUUCGGGUUGUAUCAGAUGCCGGAUUUUGUGUGCCUUCACUUGUUGUCUAUAUCGAGGGAGAAGAUCACCACGGGGGUCUUCAAUGAGCUUGGGAACUGGCUGGCCUUUGGAUGUGCGAAACUUGGGCAGUUGCUUGUGUGGGAAUGGCGUUCUGAGAGCUACAUUUUGAAACAGCAGGGUCACUACUUUGAUGUGAACUGCCUUGCUUAUUCGCCGGAUUCACAACUCCUUGCUACCGGAGCAGAUGAUAAUAAAGUGAAGGUGUGGACUGUUUCCUCAGGCUUUUGCUUUGUUACUUUUUCUGAGCAUACUAAUGCUGUUACUGCUCUACAUUUUAUGGCAAGUAACAAUUGUCUGCUUAGUGCAUCUCUUGAUGGGACUGUUCGAGCUUGGGAUUUAUUACGAUACCGAAACUUUAGGACAUUUACAACCCCUUCUUCAAGACAGUUUGUUUCUCUGACAGCAGAUCAAAGUGGCGAAGUGAUAUGUGCUGGUACUAAAGAUUAUUUUGAGAUUUUUGUCUGGUCAAUGAGAACUGGCCGUUUGUUGGAUGUGCUUAGUGGUCAUGAAGGUCCUGUUCAUGCGUUGAUGUUUUCUCCAACAAAUAAUAUCUUGACUUCAUCAUCAUGGGACAAAACUGUUCGGUUGUGGGAUGUCUUUGAUGGAAAAGGGGCAGUUGAAACAUUUCCUCAUACACACGAAGUUCUCACUGUUGUUUAUCGUCCUGAUGGAAGGCAGUUAGCUUGCAGCACAUUAGAUGGGCAAAUUCAUUUUUGGGAUCCAAUAGAGGGUUUGCUAAUGUAUACCAUAGAGGGUGCCAGAGAUAUUGCUGGAGGGCGUCUUAUGACUGACCGUAGAACAAGUGCUAAUUCAAGUUCAGGAAAGUUCUUCACAACCUUAUGCUAUUCAGCCGAUGGAAGCUAUAUUUUAGCUGGGGGCGUUAGCAGAUAUAUCUGUAUGUAUGAUGUUGCUGAUCAGGUACUGCUGCGACGGUUCCAGAUAACACUCAAUCUUUCAUUAGAUGGAGUUCUUGACUUCUUAAACUCCAAGAAUAUGACGGAAGCUGGCCCACUAGAUCUAAUCGAUGAUGAUAACAGUGACAUUGAGGAUGGUGUUGACAAACAAACAAGAGUGAACCUAGGAUUUGGUUUACCAGGCUCCCUGCCUAACCGUGGGAGGCCUAUUAUUCAAACAAAAUGCCUAAGAAUUGCACCAACAGGCAGGAGUUUUGUAGCAGCAACAACUGAGGGAGUCUUAGUUUACUCUGUUGAUGGAUCAUUCAUAUUUGAUCCAACAGACCUUGACAUAAAUGUUACACCAGAGGCUGUUGAGGAAGCUCUUGGUGAAAAUCAACCAAGCAGAGCUUUGGUACUUAGCCUUCGCCUAAAUGAAGACUCUUUAAUAAAAAAAUGUAUCUUUGCUGUUAUGCCAGGCGAUAUUCCUGCAGUUGCCAGAUCAAUUCCUUCUAGAUAUCUCAAGCGGUUAAUUGAAGCACUUGCAGAUCUCAUAGAAAACUGCCCACAUUUGGAAUUUGUACUCAGAUGGAGUCAGGAGCUUUGCAAAGCCCACGGGAAUUCGAUUCAACAGAUGUCUAGAAAUCUGCUUCCAUCAUUAAAAUCUUUGCAGAAAGCAAUCACUAGAAUACAUCAAGAUCUAGCUGAUACAUGCUCUUCCAAUGAAUAUAUGCUGCGAUAUUUAUGCUCUUCAGGUGCCAAGGAAUGAACGCAGCAAUUCAUUAACAUGGAUUUUUACAACUUUGCUCAACAGAGAUCUUCCAACAGGAAUGCUUAUAAUAUGGUACAUGAUGAGCUCAACAUGCUACACCUCUGAAGAAUCAAAUAUUUGAUGAGGCAUAGCUUUGUAUCACCUUGUAGCAUCUUAGUGUUUGUAAAGGGAAUUCGUCCUUGAAUAGAAUUCCAAUUUUGAGUUAAAAAACUGUUCCAAUUUUGUAGCUCGAAGGCGUGCAUUAUGUUUAGUUUGAAGGGGGUAUUGCAGGUUUCAACUUUGACGAGAAAAUGCCAUGCUCUUAAGUAAUGUCCUGUGUAACAGUUGUACUUCAAUUUUGUAUGACAUCAAACUAGUGUUUGGAAUCAAAUAUUUAGGGAUUGAUUUAAUUUAUACAUAAAAUUGUGU